AUGAAGGAAGUUCCGGAUUUCAAAUCGAUCAACCAUCCUCGGACCUCGCCAAACACACUCAUCGACCAGGAGUUGUCGAGUGCAAUGACCGAUCAGCUCCACAGGCUGAGCAGAUUUUGUGAACUAGAGCAUUCUGUACUUCCAAAUGUGUUGCGUCUCGGUAGCACAUACUCAUUGUCCCUACACGUGCCCGAUGAUUAA